AUGCCAUUAAGAUUGGAUGCGAAGAAGAAACUACAAACUAACAGUGAUAGGGUAAAAUGUGUUUAUUUUCAUCAAUCUGAGCCAUGGAUAUUAUCGAGUUUAUACAAUGGUACAGUAACAGUUUUUGAUUAUGAGACCCAAAAUAUUGUGAAGUCUAUUGAGGUAUCAGAACAUCCAAUACGAUGUGCUAUAUUUAUUAGUAGAAAACAGUGGAUAGUAACGUGUGGUGAUGAUUUAAUGGUUAGGGUAUAUAAUUAUAAUACAAUGAAUAAACUUACUAGCUUUGAAGCUCAUAAUGAUUUUAUCCGCCAUGCAACAGCUCAUCCUAAGCUUCCUUUACUUUUGACAUGUUCUGACGAUUUAACAAUUAAACUUUGGGAUUGGGAUAGAGAUUGGUUAAAGGUUCAAACAUAUCAGAAUCAUUCACAUUAUGUAAUGAUGGUACAGUGGAGUCCAAAAGAUAGUCAUGUUUUUGCAUCUGCUUCAUUAGAUCGUACAAUUAGAAUUUGGGGUAUCCCAUCUAAUGUAGGAACAAUUUCAAAUUCAACUGUAACAGUACCAAAUUAUACUUUAUUGGGUCAUGAUAGCGGAAUAAAUUGUUUAGCAUAUUCAUUAUCUGCAGAAAAACCAUAUAUCGCAACUUGUAGUGAUGAUAAGACAGUGAGAGUAUGGGAUUAUCAAACUAAGCAAUGUAUUCAGGUUUUGUCAGGUCAUUCAAAAGCCGUAAGAUCAGUCGUUUAUCAUCCACAACUUCCAUUAAUCUUGUCUUGCAGUGAAGAUUGUACUAUAAAGAUAUGGCAUGCUACAACAUAUAGACUAGAAUGUACAUUAAAUUAUAUGAUGGAUAGAAGUUGGUGCUUAGCAGUUUGUAAUAAUAUGGUAGCUAUAGGUUUUGAUGAAGGUACAAUGGUAAUAAAGAUAGGAUCUGAACAACCAUUAGCAACUUUAAAUAGUGGUAAGAUUAUUUUAGCAAAGGGAAAUGAGAUUUGUCAAGCAAACUUAAGGGUAAUUUCAACAGCACUUGGUACAUUAGAUUCUAAUUCAUGUGAAUGGGGGUUUGAUUACGAAGAUGGUGAGCGCAUAAUCUUACCUACAAAAGAAUUGGGGUGUAGUGAAAUUUAUCCACAAGAUAUACAAUAUCAUCCAAAUGGUCGUUUUAUUUCAAUAUGUGGUGAUGGAGAAUUUAUUAUAUAUACAACACAAGCUUUAAGAAAUAAGUGUUUUGGGAAGGCAAUAGAACUUGUUUGGUCACUAGAUGGUCAUUACUUUGCAACUAGAGAGAAUGGUGAUAGAAUUGUUUUAUAUAAUAACUUUAAGGAAUUUUUUUCAUUUAAUCCAAAUUAUUUCGUAAAUGAGAUUUUUGGUGGUCAACUUUUAGGAGUUAAAUCAUCAGAUUUUGUGUGCUUUUAUAAUUGGUCGGAAUGCAAAUUAAUUAGACGAAUUGAUGUCUCAUCUACACUAAAUAAUAUUUAUUGGGAUGAUCUAGGAAAUUAUCUAUGCCUAUCUUGCAUAGAUACAUUUUAUAUUUUGAAAUAUGAUAAAGAUAAUAUUGAAGGUAUUCUUUCAAAUCCUAGUGUAAAUUCUUCUAUAGACACUAGUGAAGGUAUUGAGACAUCUUUUGAAUUAAUCUCUGAGAUUCAAGAUAAAAUUGAGAGUGGUAUAUGGGUAUCUACAUGUUUUCUUUAUAUUACUAGUCAAUUAAGGCUCCAAAUAUGGAUGAAUGGAUAUAUUGAUAUUAUAGCGUAUUUAUCAGAAAAGAAUAUUUAUCAUAUUUUAGGAUAUGUCAAAGAACUACAAAGAGUUGUAUUAAUGGAUCGUGAAUUUAAUUGUAUUAGUUAUUCUUUAAAUUUAAAUUAUAUUGAAUAUCAGGCUUGUAUAGUCAGGAAAGAUCUUCAUACCGCAGAAGAUUUAUAUUGGAAUAAAAUUCCUAGCUAUUUACAUACUAAGAUUGCAAAAUUUCUUGAGAUACAAGGUUAUAAGGAGAAAGCACUUGAAGUAACUACAGAUUUUGAUCAGAAAUUUGAUCUGGCUUUAAAUUUAGGUAAACUAGAAUUAUGUAUUACAAUUCUCCAACAGAUAGAAGCAAAAGAAAAAGGUGAAAGAGAAGAUAUACAAGAUAUACAAAAUAAUAAAGUUGCAACUUCUUUAAACAAGCAAAGAUGGAAAAUUUUAGGUGAUAUUGCUUUAGAACAAGGUAAAUUUAGCCUUUCUAUAGCAUGCUAUAAAGAAGUAAGUGAUUUAAACUCUUUAUUAUUAAUUUAUUCAUCAAUAGGAGAUAAAAAUGGACUUGAAUAUGUUGCUGAAUUAGCUAAAGAGGAACAACAAUGGAAUGUAGCAUUUGUAUGUCACGUAUUACUAAAUGAUUCUCAAGGUUGUAUUAAUGACCUUAUUUCAGCUAAAAUGGUACCUCAUGCUGCUUUAUUUGCUAGAACAUAUAAACCAUCAAAGAUAAAUGACAUUGUUGAAUUAUGGAAUAAACAAUCCUUUAGGCCUAAUGAAAAAUUAGCAUCUCCACUGGAAGCAUCAGAAUUAUUUCUUCAUUAUAAUAUGUGCUUGGAUAUUGAAGCGAAUAUUACAAAGUAUAUUGAAGCUCCAGUUAAAUCCUGGAUUAAAAUGAAGGAAAUUCUUGAUAGUGAUAUAAUAGAAGAUUAUAUGCAAAGGGGUCCUAAUUAUAUAAUAAACUCUAUUUGGGGAGAUCAAGAUAUAUCUAUAAAAAGUGAUAUAGAUAAUGAUAAGAAUUGUCCAGAUGAGAGUAAGGAAGAUAUUGAGGACAAAUCUGUAGAGGAGUCGCUUGUUGAAUCUACAAAGGAUAUUUGUGAAGAAAACUUGCAACUUACAACAGAAUCGAAAGAAAGUAAGGGCUCUCACAAGGAGAAACAAAAAAGUUAG